UUUUAUCAUUUUACUUUUUAUUUUUUCCUUAACAUUUCAUGAAUAUUAAACAGUGGUUACUUCUCAUUAAAUUUCUUUAUAUUUCCUUUUUUUUCCCUUAUUAUGUUCCUUUUGUUUACUUUUCUAUUUUCUCUAUUUUCUCUAUUUUCUCUAUUUUUAUUAAUUUUUUUUUAUUUUUCUUUUUUUUUUAUAAACUUUUUUAUUUCUUAUAAUUUUCUUAUAUUUUUCUCAUGGUUUUUUUUUUAUAUUUUUUUAGUACUUCUCCUUGAUUACCAUUGUUUUCAGCUUAGUUUUACAAAUCUGCUUUUGAUUUUAAAUGUUUUUGAUAACUUCCACUUCGUAAAAAUUUAAACAGUCCUCAUUUCCAAAUGUUGUUUAUACUUCAUUACCAUAUAUUUUUUUUUCCUUUAA